GGGAAUAUUUACCAAAUUUCUUGACGACCCACAUAAGCCGCCAAAACAAACUCUAUUCAAAAUUCAAAGUGUUUGAAGCCAUCUCCUAAUUUGAUAACAUCCUGAGAAAGGUGUACAAAAUAAAGUUGCAAUGGCCACCACUCCGAUUCCCCACCAUUUCCUUACUUGGUCAAACCUCAUAACUUAUAAACAUUUUCUUUUCCUGUCUUCUUGCUAAGUAAAGCAGACCAUUAUUCAAAUUUAUGGAUUUGGAUCAGCUCCUUUACCUUUUAUUAAAGCACUAUCUUGGCCACCCACUAUCAAUCCACAAAAGCUUCUUUCUUCACCUCCACUUUUCCUUAAUCCUCUCCCACUUUCAUCUAAUCAUCCAUUCACAUAUAUACAGAGUAAGACACAAAAUUUCUCCAAACAUUAAAUGGAUCCUCCUCCUCCUCUUCCUCUUCCACCACCUCCACCAUACACACCAGCCAACCACAUUGUCUUACCAAAACAAGCAAGACACCAUGACCAUAUUCCAAAGCAGCCGAUCCUCCGGAGGCCGAGGAGGAGGACUAAUCCGAUGGUGUGGCUUGGGGCAGUCCUGUGCCUCGUCUUCAGCCUCCUCCUCAUCUUCUUCGGCAUCACCACGCUCAUUAUCUUCGUGGGGAUCAAGCCCCAGAGCCCGGUCCUCGACAUCCCGGCAGCGACCCUCAGCGUGAUCUACUUCGACUCCCCACAGUUUCUCAACGGAGACAUCACAUUCCUUGCAAACUUCACAAACCCUAACCGGAAACUGGGAGUCAAGUUCGAGUACCUCAAUGUAGAGCUCUACUUCUCGGGGAGUUUGAUAGCGAGCGAGGUUGUGGAGCCUUUCAGGCAGAGGGCGGGGGAAGUGCGGUUGAUACAAGUUCAUCUGCUGUCGAGUCUGGUGUAUCUGCAGCCGAAUCUCGCGAUCCGGCUGCUGAAGCAGGAGCAGAGGAAUAGAGUCGUGUACGAAAUCAAGGCGAAUUUUAGAGUGAAGUUUGAGGUGGGAGUGGUGCAUUAUUCUUAUGCGUUGCACGGGAACUGCGUGAUAGAGAUGACGAGCCCACCCAAUGGCGCACUCAUCACGCGCCACUGCACAACUAAGAGAUGAUAAUUUUUUUAUGCGUGUGAGUUGGUCUAGUAGUAGAGUGAUUAAUUUCCGAGACACAUGGUCUCAUGUUCGAAAUUUCUCUUCAUUUAUUAAAAAUAGGAGAUGAUACUUUUCUGGUGACAAUUUUGGGUUAGGAGGUGAUGAUAUUAACUGUAAAUAUCACUUUAUAAUUUAAAUUGUAUGUUUAUAGCUUGACAAAUGUUUCAUAUUUUUCAUAUUGAUUUAUUAUUAACCUAUA